AUGUUUGAUCCUUCUCUUUUCAUUUACAAACAUAAUUCAGACAUUGCUAUUCUUCUUCUCUAUGUUGAUGAUAUUCUCCUCACUGCCUCUUCUAAUUCUUUACUCGAGUCUCUAAUUCAGACUCUUAAAUCUGAAUUUUCAAUGAAUGACUUAGGAACUGUUAAUUAUUUUCUUGGUGUUUCUAUAGUUGCUCGCAAUGGGGGUUAUUUUCUUUGUCAGUCCAAGUAUGUAAAAGACCUUCUCACUCGUGCAAAUUUGUUGUCUUCCAAACCAGUUUCUACUCCUCUUUCUCCUAAGUCCCUACUUCAUUUGGAAGAUUCUCCUCCCUUUUAUGAUCCGACUCUUUAUAGAAGCCUUGUUGGUGGUCUCCAGUACUUAACCUUCACCCGUCCGGACAUUGCCUUUGCUGUUAAUCAAGUGUCUCAAUUUAUGCAUUCACCCUUAGACAUUCAUUAUACUGUCGUCAAAAGAAUUUUGCGAUAUUUGCAAGGUUCUCUGGAUCAUGGCUUAUUUAUUCCUGGUGGUUCUAUUGACAAUUUACAAUGUUACAGUGAUGCGGAUUGGGCUGGUUGCCCUGCCACUCGUCGAUCUACUUCAGCCUACUGUAUUUUUCUUGGCCCAAAUCUUAUUUCUUGGUCUUCUAAGAAACAAAAUGUUGUUUCUCGAUCAAGUACCGAAGCUGAAUAUAGAGCAGUUGCUCAUGCGACUGCUGAAAUAACAUGGUUACACUCCCUUCUACAGGAACUUCAUGUUUCUCCUUCUUCACCUUCUACAAUAUUUUGUGACAAUAUUAGCAGUAUUUAUCUGGCACAAAAUCCUAUUCAGCACGCUCGUACCAAGCAUGUUGAGAUCGAUAUUCAUUUUGUUCGGGAAAAAGUUGCCACAAGCGUUCUCCGAGUUCAAUAUGUCCCUAGUCAAGAUCAACUUGCUGAUUUAUUGACCAAGGCACUUCCUUCACCACGACUGUUGUUCUUGCGCAACAAGCUCUGCAUUCUUCCAGAUCGUGCAUCGCUUGAGGGGGAGUGA